AUGCUUGAAGACCUGCCUUUGAGGAUAGGGAAUGUGGAAAUCCCCACAGACUUCAUUGUGCUUGAGAUGGAUGAGGAACCAACAGAUCCAUUGAUUCUAGGAAGGCCAUUCCUAGCUACAGCAAGAGCAAUGAUAGAUUUGGCAGAUGAGCUUCUAGAAGAGUUAUCAACAGAGGAUCCACUACAAGUUGCUUUGACCAAGGAUUCUUCAGAGGGAUAUGCCAGUUUGCGAAGUCAUGGCAGUGAGCUCGAUCAAGAACUCGAUCGAGUCGAGCCUCGAACAAACGAACUCGAUCGAGCUGGGGCUGAAUGCAAGGAGCAAGCUCAAGGAGAUUGGUCUGAGCUCAAGGCGCCUAAAGUCGACCUCAAACCUUUGCCUGAGGGCCUCAGGUAUGCAUUUCUGGGUGAAAACUCAACUUACCCUGUCAUUGUGAACUCUGAUUUGGAACCUGAACAGUUGAGUGCUUUGCUUGUUGAAUUGAGAAAGUACAGAAAGGCAAUAGGUUACACUCUAGAUGAUAUCAAGGGGAUCUCCCCUGACCUAUGCAUCCAUAGGAUUCAUCUAGAGGAUGAAAGUAAGUCAAGCAUUGAACCUCAGAGAAGGUUGAACCCCAAUCUAAAGGAAGUAGUGAAGAAAGAGAUACUCAAGUUGCUUGAUGCUGGGAUAAUCUAUCCCAUCAGUGAUAGCACUUGGAUAUCUCCAGUUCAUUGCGUCCCAAAGAAAGGGGGGAUCACUGUCAUUAAAAACGACAAAGAGGAGCUGAUUCCCACUAGAACAAUAGUGGGGCAUCGCAUGUGUAUUGACUAUAGGAAGCUAAAUUCAGCAUCUAGAAAGGAUCAUUUCCCUCUCCCUUUCAUUGAUCAGAUGUUAGAAAGAUUGGCAAACCACCCUUUUUAUUGUUUUCUUGAUGGCUACAGUGGUUUCUUCCAAAUCCCGAUCCACCCUAAUGAUCAGGAGAAGACCACUUUCACAUGCCCUUAUGGCACCUUUGCUUAUCGAAGGAUGCCAUUUGGGCUGUGCAAUGCUCCAGCUACUUUCCAGAGGUGCAUGACCUCCAUUUUUUCAGAUCUGAUAGAGGAGAUGGUAGAAGUCUUCAUGGACGAUUUCUCAGUCUAUGGAGCAUCCUUCUCCUCAUGUUUGUCUAACUUGUGCAGGGUGUUGCAGAGGUGUGAGGAGACCAAUCUAGUACUCAACUGGGAGAAGUGCCACUUCAUGGUUCGAGAAGGGAUUGUGCUUGGACACAAGAUUUCCGAGAAAGGGAUCGAGCUCGAUCGAGCUAAGGUGGAUGUCAUGUUGCAGCUCCCUGUUCCCAAGACUGUGAAGGACAUAAGGAGUUUUCUGGGUCAUGCAGGGUUCUACAGAAGAUUCAUCAAGGAUUUCUCAAAGAUAGCAAGACCCUUGACAAGGCUUCUGUGCAAGGAGACAGAUUUUGAGUUUGAUGAAGAAUGCCACAAGUCUUGGACCUUGCUGAAGGAUGCUCUGGUGUCUGCGCCAAUAGUACAAGCUCCAAACUGGGAUCACCCAUUUGAGAUUAUGUGUGAUGCAUCUGACUAUGCAGUAGGAGCAGUGCUUGGCCAAAAGAUAGACAAGAAACUCAAUGUCAUCUACUAUGCAAGCAAGACUAUGGAUGAUGCUCAGUGCAAGUAUGCAACCACAGAGAAGGAACUCCUUGCCAUAGUCUUUGCCUUUGAGAAGUUUCGAAGCUAUAUAGUUGGAUCCAAGGUGAUUGUGCACACUGACCAUGCUGCCCUUAGACACAUCUUCGCUAAGAAAGAUACAAAGCCAAGACUUCUCAGAUGGAUCCUUUUGCUUCAAGAGUUUGAUAUAGAAGUUGUGGACAAAAAGGGAGUAGAAAAUGGAGUUGCUGAUCAUCUCUCUAGGAUGCGAGUUGAAGACAUGAUCCCCAUCAAUGAUUCUAUGCCUGAAGAACAGCUUAUGGCAAUCAUGAUCUUGAAGGAGAGUUUUGAUGAGAAAGCCAGGCUGGAAGAAGUUAAGGCUCUGCGUGAUGAGAAUUUGCCAUGGUAUGCUGAUAUAGUGAACUUCAUGGUGUCCGGAGAAGUCCCUAGUAGCUUUGAUGCUUACAAGAGGAAGAAAUUCUUCAAGGAUGCUAGGCAUUACUAUUGGGAUGAGCCCUACCUGUACAAGAGAGGACCAGACAGCAUUUACAGGAGAUGCAUUGCUGAAGAGGAUGUGCAAGGAGUUCUAGAGCAUUGCCAUGGGUCAGCUUUACGGAGACUUCAUGGGACCUUUCAAACCUUCUCAAACGGGCACAACUACAUUUUGGUUGCUGUAGACUAUGUAUCCAAAUGGAUUGAAGCCAUUCCCUGCCCAACCUGUGACGCCAAGGUGGUUGUCAAGCUUUUCAGAACCAUCAUCUUUCCAAGGUUCGGCAUCCCAAGGGUUGUUAUUUCGGAUGGAGGCUCCCAUUUCAUCAACAAGGUGUUUGAAAAGUUGAUGAGAAGCCAUGGAGUCAAGCACAAGGUCGCCACACCUUAUCACCCUCAAACCAGUGGGCAAGUUGAAGUCUCCAACAGACAGAUCAAGGCCAUAUUGAGAAGACUGUGA